AUGUCGAUAUCCGUCAAAGUCCGGACGAAGAACAAAGUCGAGGUCCGGAACAAAAUAAUCCGAGCAAACCCCGGCUUGAAGCAGCCAAUUCUUCCGGAUGAAUGA